AUGUGGCCCACCUGUCCUUCGGGACCAACGCCUCGACAGAGGCAGACGACAGUCAUCAUCAGCCUGAUCGUCCUGGCUCUCCUCACAGCCUUUGCCGUUACCCAGGCAGUCCAGCCAAUUCUGGAGGAAGACCGCUCUAACCUGGUCGCCAAAAGCAAUUCAGAUCUUGAACGCAGACAAUUCUUCGGCAUCGACUCCCUUCCAGGUAGCAUCUUUCGUCCACCUGCUCCAGCUCCCAAUCAAGACCAGCCAGCCAUCACCACUCCUCUUCCUGCAGCUCCUGUAGCUGGCAACAAUCAACCUCAAGGCCCUCUCGGUGCUAUUGGUGGCGUCGUCGACGGCGCUUUGAGCCAUAUCACAAGCCACGCUGGUGGGAUCAUCGCAACCCUGACUGCUAGGCGCGCAGGAGGCGGUGUAGCUGCCGCAGCUUCAACAGUCAACAUUGGCGAUGUUGUUGGCACCUUCAUCGAUGGAACACCAGUCCAGAGUCUGGUGAAUGCAGCUGCCAGCGUUGGCGGCAGUGUAACUUCAGUCGUGCCGUCAAUUCUGUCGGGCGUUACAGGACCACCUAAUUCUGCCUCAUCCUCAGCUGGUGGUCAACUGCCGUUUCCCGUUCCUGGCAUGACCGAGGCUCCUGUUGGUGGCAAUCUUCCCAUCAUCACGGACAAGCUUGCACAACCGGUUGGUGCCGCGACAUCUCUUCUGAACAACCCACCUACCCCAUUGCCAUCGGCUGUCGCUGCUGUGACAGAUUCUGGGAAUAUCAUGACUUCCAUGGUCCCUAUCGGCAGCUCCGACCCCCUUAACAACCCCAUCAUCCCGGAUUUGAGCAGCAACUUGGGUGCGGCCACAGUCAUCUUGCCUGAGUCUUCGACACUUCCCACGAAUCUCGGUGGGCUCAACGCGCCACAGCUUCCUGACGACUCCACCGCAUUAUCAAGUGUUCUAGCUUCCGUCUCUGAAGCUGUCAGUGAGGCCACAACUGCGAUUCCUAUCAUGGGAGACGCUCCAAGCCCGGUCACUACUCUGGGAGAUGCAACAGAGUCUGAGCUGUGCACUGUCGUCAACAUCGCCAAGGGUAUUCCAACAUUUCUUGCCGUCCCUUGCUCUGAUUUUCCUUCGAGGUCGUCCGGAGUUCCUGCGUCAGACGCGAUGCCGGCAAGUGGAAGUGCCAUUGGUUCAGUCACAUCAGUCCCGUCUGCUUCAUCUGCCUCUCAGUCGGCGAAUGGCAACGCAGGCAGUGCUUCUCCAUCAUCUCCAGCUGCCGGAGCUACCUCCCAAGUUCCCUCAUUGACACCAAGCGCUACUGGCGGGCAACAAUCGUCCGCUGCUCCGUCUACUGCUCUGUCUUCUGGUGGUCAGUCAUCACCCAUCUCUCCGUCAGCUGGCAAUGGCCAGUCAUCGCCGGCAUAUCCGUCCUCUGUUGGAGGUGGAAGUCCUGCACUCACGGCAUCAGCACCUCGUCCUGAGACUUCAAGCCCGAGCAACGGCCAACCUCAGAACACCGAUCGAGGAGGUCAACCACCCGCACCAUCGGGCAGUCCUACGACACCGCCUACACCUGCCAAUUCUGCUUCUACAAACCCUGACCAGUCGGAUAGAACUGCUCCCGCUCCCGUCACUUCGUCUCCUUCAGCACCUGCAGCGAGCCCUUCAAUCACCGUCACCGCCGAGACUUCACCGGCCGCUUCGCAAGCCCCUUCGCAGGCUCCUGCUGCGACGCCAGGUGGAGGCAACGACUCCAGAGCGUCUCCAACAGGUCAAUCUGGCGGCAUCUUUUCUGUUGAAGAACCAGUAGCCCCCGCGCCAUCGGGGAACGUCCCGCCAUCCACCCCAGUCAUCCCCAUUUCCGACUGUCCUGCAUUGGUUCAAUGUCCAGCAUGCCCAGAGUCUCCCUCCAAGCCACCCUCUGGUUCUAGUCCCUGCCCAGGAAGGGGAUACUCAUGCUCGGAAUGCCUCGACGGCUGGUUCUGCCCCCCUCAGGAGACGCCAAUGGUGCCUGCUCCGUGCGGGAUGGGCUGGCCUUGCUAUCACUGCAAAGGUGGCUGGUACUGUGCCCCUUCGGAUGCAGGCGUGGGAUCAGGAGGCGCCAACGGCCCGGCCAAUGUGGUCAUCACCACCGUAACUGCUUUCGUCCUUCCUGGACCUACCGCAGCUCCCGGAGAUGGCGGCAACGGUUCUGGCAACGGCUCUAACAAUGGUAACGGCAAUGGCAACGGGAAUGGCAAUGGAGAAGGCAAUGGUUCUGGAAACGGUGCUGGUGACGGCUCCAAUGGCGAUGGGGCUUCAUCAACUCCCUGCUCUACGGCAAAAGAUUCCCAGCCGACAAAUGCCUCUGGAAAUGGAGAUGGCAACAGUAGCCCAGCAAGCAACCUCAAUGAUGGCUCUGCCAACGGCAAUGGAAGUCCCAACAAUGGCGACUCAGGCAACGGGAAGCCUACCGGCGACGGUUCCGGUAACGGCAAUGGUGCUGCAUCAACACCUGGCUCUACGGCAAACGAAGGUCAGCCAACGGGCAAUGGAUCUGCCAAUGGCGCAGGUCCAAGCAACCCACCAGCCAGCAACCCUAACAAUGGCUCUGGCAACGGCUCGGGUAGCAACAAUGGAGGCUCUGGCAACGGAGAUCCCGCUGUUACGCCCGCGAAUGCCGGUCCUGCCAACACCGCAACGACGCCGUGCAUAACCUCCAAUGAUGGACAACCUACCGGUGGUGCUGGAGCUGGGGCACCUCCGAGUAGCGCAUCUCCUACUGAUCCCAACAACGGUUCCGGCGCAGGUAAUGGCUCAGGAAAUGGCUCAGGAAAUGGCUCUGGAAACGGCUCUGGAAACGGCCUGCCUGACACGUCUGGUACUGCUACACCGGCCAACUCCCCUGAUGGAAAUGGAGCGUCUCCUGCACAAUCUCCUCCCAAUCCCAACGCCAGCUCUGGAGGCAACACCGGCAACGGUAACCCCAACAAUGGAGCGGGCGCAGGUGCUGCAUCAGGUGCGCCGAGUGGCAACGGAGCACCAGCCAACACGAGUCCGCCUUCACCGGCGUCAACUGGCAACGGAGGUGCGGGUGCUGGUGCUGGAGAUCCCAACGCAGGUUCGGGCAACGCCGCUCCCAACAAUGCUGCACCCAAAGCUGCCUCGGACUGCUCUGGUUGGAAGCUUCUUGGCUGUUUCAAGGAUUCCAACAUCCGAACACUCGACGGCGACCCAUCAGACUACUUUGCUGGUAGCAUGUCCAACGAGAAGUGCAUUGCGCACUGCGCUUCUAUGGGCUUCAAGCUUGCUGGUACUGAGUACGGAACGGAGUGCUGGUGUGGCAACAUGUUCCAAAUCGCCGAACGCCUUCCGAGAGAGCAGUGCAACAAACCCUGUGACGGUCUGUCUGCAGACAUUUGCGGAGGUGACUGGGCCGCCACCGUGUACAGUGCUGAUGGUCAAGCUUUGAGCAUGCCAUCCGACGACGACGCUGGCGACGGCUCCGGCGGCAAUGGUGGUUCUGGAGGCAAUGGUGGCGCUGUUGAUCCGAAUGCCGAGAACCCUUCAUCUGCACCUCAAGGUAAUCCUCCCUCGGGGACUCCUGCAAAUACACCGGCACCCGCGAGCACCCCCGCGCCUGCGAACAUUCCCGCGCCUGUAGCCCCACCUCAGAGUCAACCAGCAUCAGCUCCCGCAGGAAACCCGCCAGCUGCAGCGACACCUCCACCAACGCCCACUCCUCUUGGAUUGUCACAGGCAGAGUUGGAGGCUCUGCUUCAGAGCAUCAUCAACUCCUUACCAAAAGGAAGCCCCGAUGGUGGAUACGGCAGCGGUCUGAGAGCAAGGGACUCUGGGGCUGGUGGCAACAACGCGCCCGCAGGUACUGACAAUGGCUCCGGCGAUGGCGCUCUUCCAGAUCUUGGACCGCUCAUGGGGCCUGGCCCGGCUAUUCCUCCUGAGGGACUCACUGGAUAUGGCUCCGCGAAGAAGAGCAUGGCCAACCGGUACAUGAAGCGCAGCAGGAUCAUAGGACGCCGUGCGGUCGCAGAUCAUGAUGCUGACUGUGACGACGAGGUAAAUGGACCUGCCGGAGGUUGCGUUGGUGUGAAGGUUUAG